CAUAUAUUUUUUCCUCAUAGUAUUUUAUAUAAAAUUUAAAUAGACACACUUAAAAAUCUUCUGAAAAAACAUGGAAAGGCCAUUGGAUCCUCUUCAAGUUCACAAAGACUCCCUGUCAAUUGCAAAUGAUCUUUUAUCAAAAUUUGGUUGUCGAUCCCAGAUAAACACCAUUGAUCAAUGUGACCACAACUACUUUGUUAAUAUUUAUGAAGCAAUGCUGGGUGAGAAACUUCCAGGAUUAACUGCAUCACCUGAAUCACCUGAAGAAGAAAUUCACAAUGUGCAGGUGGUCAUUGAUUCAUUAGCAACUGAUGUGCUUGGAAUUGAUUUAUCCCACAUUAGUGCACAAUAUAUUGUAAAAAAGGAUCAUAUGCAGAUUCAAAAUUUGUUGGAAAUAUUUGAUGGACUGCUUGAUUUUGUUUUGGAGGAAUUAGAUAAAGAUGACGAGAGAGUAGAAAAAGAUGUCAAGCAUUUAGAAAAAGUGCCAGAAGAAGAAACAACAAAAGAUGAUUCUAAUGUACUUCCUAGUGACCAUGAUGUUUUAUCAGAUGUUUUUAUUGAGGAGUUUGGUCAUUCGUAUACAAACAAUUUGAAGCCAAAUGUGGAAACCAAAUUUGUUGAUCAAGCAUGUCAGUAUUCUCCUUCAAAAGCCUUUUAUCAAGAAAAACUAAUUUCGGAUGGUCAAAACUCAAUUUACUCAAGUCAUUCUUGGUCAAAACAUGGAAGCGAUUCUACGAAUGAAUUGAUUAGAGAAGCUGAAAUGAUUGAACAAAGAGAUGUAAUGAAAAUAAAUAUUUUCGAUAUGGAGAAGAAGAGAGAUCGAAGUAAAAUGCAAAAGGAGAAAACUGAGAAUUUUUCUUCAAAUUCAUCCGGACCAUGGUCAUCUAUUUUAACGCAAACGUCUUCUGCAGUUGAUUCAAUUGGCGGAAUCAAAGAAAUUGGACAGCGUCCACGCGACAAACUAGCUGUUGAAAUGAAAGAACAAACUAAAAAGACACGCCUUCACAAGCAUAUGCAUCAUCAUUUUCAUCAUCACAUUACUGAUUCUCCUGACUCAGAAACAAACUCGAUCACCUCUAGCUCUUCCAGCUUAAACAGGCAUCUUGAAGUAAAACAGGAUAAGAGUUGUGAGAAAAAUAUAGAGCAUCUUACAGACACAACAAAUAGUUUUCAAUCAACCGCUAUUCAAACUCAAAUUCCAAAGUUAGUCGAUUCGUCUGUUCAAACUGAUGGGAAAGAUAAUGAAUCAAAAAUGAAUGGGAAGAAAAUUCAAUCAAAUGUACACGAGACAUCCCUUCCCUUGCAUAUCGAGUACUUGAAAGGAGUCAAACAAUCUGCGUCAAGAAAUGCACCAACAGAAACGCGCUCAAAGCAGCUAUCAGAUUUAAGUCUUCGUUUGCAAAAACUUAGAAAUGAGUUUAAAACCCCUCAAUUGGAAUCAGAGACUAACAAACAAUCUUUCACUCCUGACGAGUCGGAACUAACCAGACCGGAUAGAAAAGAGAAGACGAAAAGCAAAGUUUCCUUUGUUAACGAAGAUCGUUUAAUUGAACGAGAAUUUUACUCAAGUGAUACAGAAGUUGAUUAUUCCUCUCCGUAUAGAAGUAAUCAUACGCGUAAUCACAAUAAUAAGAAAAAUGCAAUGAAAUUGCGUUCAAGACAAGGUAUUUUGCGAAAAACUACUUUAUCAGAUGAGAGCACGUCCAGCAGUGAUGAACUACAUCUGAAAAGUACCGAUGCAUCCAUCACGGCAAGAUUCGAAGAACCUUUUUUGAAAAGAGAUGAACGCCUGCUAGACCUAAGAAAAGCCUUUGCUUUGGAGCAAAAGGAAAAUCAUGUUGGCGUGGAGUCACUACAGCGAAAAUACUCUAAACAGCGUGGCGUUUUGUUGAACCUUCAUGAUAAUACCAAAAAACAAAAAAACGUUAAAAUUGACGAAAAGAACAAAAAGAUUCUUAGACCACCUCCGGACAAUAAGAAGUCGUCUAAAAAGAAAGUAAAAGUAAGCAGUGAUGCAAAACUUAUAAAUAUCUAUGGAAAACAGCGUGGUCGCACCGAUAAAAUCAAAGCUAGAAAAAGAAGUGCUUCAGCCAGUCCUAUUGGAAGGAGGCGCCAUAAAACACCAAUGAUCCUAGGGGAAGAUGAAAUCUUACCAGUGAUGGAAGAGGAAUUCCCAUUCAUAUAUCUUUCUCCACAUACUGCUAAACUGAUGUGGCAGAAACAGAUGAGACAAGUAGAUACGUUAAGUAAAAUCGGUAGACCUCAUAAAUCGAUAAAAACUCAGAGAAGACUAGAGGAAGCACAAAGGAAGCAAGUAGCUUUGACGCAAAUUAUGAAAAAAGAACUUGAACAUAACAAAAGACUGAGAGAAUACAAGGAACACAAAGAAGGGGAAACAGAAGUCAAACGAAAACUUGCUGAACGACGACAUCGCAGCGCUUGUGCGCGGAAAUAUUACGACGAAUUUGUUAUUAGAAACAAAGCUAGAAUGCUGAAAAAACGUGGCAAGGAAGAAAAGAUCUUUAAAAAAUUGUUCGAGGAUGGACUUGAUAUUCAAAAACAAAGAAUUCGUGAGAUGCGAGAAUAUGCGAAAGAACAAAAAGAAAAAAAUGCAAGAAAGCAGCAAAAUGAAAUUGAAUCUAUGGAAAACUAUUAUCGCGACCAAUUCUCAAUGCUGGCAGGAACAAUAGCACAGGAGCGAUAUGAUGUGGAAGUUAGACAAAAAGCACAAAAACAGGUACUCGGUAAAAUGCGUUCGGAAAUACGGAAAAGAAUGGAGAAAGAUGUUCGUGAAAUACAAGAACAAUUAACUAACGACGAUGACUCAGAUUACUUUCGCAAGUUAGACGCUGAUAAUUUGAAAAGAGAAUUUCAAUUGGCAACGUAUAAAGCUAGUAGAUUUCGUAGGUAGCAUCGUUGUUCACAGCAUAACAUAUGACACAUGUGUAUGUGGGAAAGUCGUGCUUUCAAUCCAUUUGUAAUCAAUCAGAUACCAAAACACUCUUGAUUUUUGUGACUAAGCUUAUUUGCCUCUGUCAACUAUAGUUUUGCCUGCUCAAUUAAAAACACGAUUUCAAGUUUCGUAUUUCUCAUUUAUAUCAUUCUGAAAUUGUUUAGAUAUAAAAGGAUGUCUGGAUGAAAAAUGAUGUUGAAUUUAUAGUACAGAGAUUAAAUUUCUAUAUCCAUUCUUUUUGAAUUUUUUUUAAACAAAGUUAUUGCAAGAUAUUAUCAGGUUAAGAAUUUCAGAUUUAAUUAUACUGCAUAAAUUAUAAUUUUAAAUUUUGGGAACGGCAAACUUCAACUUUUUUGUCCUUAGAAAUUUCAGUGCUGUUCAGGAAUGUGCAAACUUUAUCAAUGUAAAGAUAUUAUAAAACCAAACUAAUUAACUUAUAAACUAUACCAAGAUGGCAGUUGUUUCCUCGUUUCAGUCCUCUUAAAUUUUGUAAGUAAACGUAUGGGGAAAAAUAAAAGCUUAACUAGAAAAUUUUAUUGCAAACCAAUGUGCAGACGGAUUGUUCGCAAAGUUAUAUAAAAAAAUGUCAGUUCAACAUCAUUUUUAAUUUUAUGAUUCUUUAAAAUCAAUGCAACACGAUUAUAGCAAAAAUCUCAUGAAAAUUGAUACGUAAAUUACGGGAAUUUUUCUGCAAGUUGAAGUUAUCGCAAGCGCAGUAGCGCAUAUAACUGUACUUACAUUUACUGCGAUUGUCAAUUUUAAAAAGAGCGUUUACGAAUUUAUUGUGUUUUAAACAGCCGAUUUAUUUCGGAUAUUUUACCCUCUUAUUUUUUCCCUCUCGAAAGUGCUCUGAUAGGUAAUCAAUUUAUUUGUUUAAUCUAGCAAUUCUUUGUCUUACGCCUUGAUAUUGAUCUAAACCUCGUUUUUUAUAAUUGUUGGUUAGUGUAAUAUGCAUGUCAAAAAGUUGGUAACAGUUGAUUUAAAAAACAUACUGGCCGUGUUGUAUGUAUCCAAUCUAAAAGUUGAAAUAUAAUAAUCAUAAUCAUUUAAAA